AUGUCUGCAUCUACUGAUAGCCGUAAUCAAUCUGCUUGUGCGUUAGAACUUGCUACCAGUCAUGCUCGUCGUUGUUUGUUAAAUAAACACAACGAGAGUAUGAUGCAUAAAGUCAAAGACGUCGUGACGAAGUUUCUCAAUCCAUCGUUUUUAUUUUCGCCGAAUAACGAGACAGAUAGCGCGAAACGAAAACGAUCCGAUUCGCCAAAAAAUGAAGUUGCCAAUGAACAAGAAAUCGAUCGGACUCCUCGACAUGAUCAUACGAAUGAACGUCGGAUCGAUAGCCAUAGCGAUGAAUCGCAAUUGACCGAUGACGAAGACAAUAAUAAUCGAGAUGUACCAUCAACGGAACAACAAACAAAACGACGUCGUACAUCUAAUUAUCAACAUGUUACAACAACAACAACUAGUCAUCAUCAUGGUAAUGAACGAACGUCACCAGGAACAAGUUCUACAGAGAGUGUCAUAUCUUCGACACAUACAACCCCAAUUCUUUGUCGAACAUCUAUCGAACAGGAUUAUUCUGAAGUCGUUCAUCGUGUUCGGCAUCAUUACAAUCAUCCUUCUAGUUAUCGAAGAACAACUUCCAAUUACGAUCCGUCAAAAUCGCCACUUUUCUCUGCUGGAAAUCGCGCAAUGACAACUUCACAGUCGAAUGAAACGGCAGCAAACCAUCUACUAGCAACUAGUCUUACGAAUCGCUCGUCACCAUUUGUAUCAGCAAAUAGUCAAUCGUCUCAUACAUUAACAAAUCCAGUAUUAAAACAACGACAAAUGUAUGGUUCUGGUUAUUCAGCAAUUAACCCACGUCGUCUAUCAUAUAUUGAAAGGCUUCGUCGACGAACUUUACAAGAUUGUGUACGAUUUGAUCGUGCACUGGCUGAUGAACCAUUAGCGACAACAACUGAAAAACCACAAUCUACAACUACGGAUCCAUCAAUAGGCUCACACAGACUAAAGGUAUUAGAGAAAGAAUGCGGUGUUCAGUGCGAUAUCACAGUUGAAGGACCGAACAAAACGACCGCUCGUACAUUUCCUCCGGAAGACAUUCGCGAUGAAGCACUAUUAAUACCAAAUACGGACAAAAUUCAAACAGAUAGUUCAAUCACAAUUGAAAAGUCUCAACCGCCAAAACCUACGUUUACUAUUACCAAACCGAAAGUGCUUGGUAAUAUCACACCUUUUUCAUGGCCAAAAUUUGCUCGUGCUCAAGACGAAUAUGCCAAAAAAUAUCCAGAUAAGUGUCGCCAUGAUGCAGUCGUUCCUUCUAUUAUUGGUAAAUCGAAUGCGUCCAUAUCUUCAACAAAUCAAUCACAGACUACUGAUAGUCCAACCACAUCGAAAAAUAUUUUCUCAGUUAAAUCACCUUCGCGCCCUGCUGAAUCUAUUUGGAAAUGCCCAUGCUGUACUAAGGAACAUCCCGCACAAACAGCAUCCUGUUCAUUGUGUCAUGGAAUUAAUCCAAACUAUAAGAAACCAAGUGCGAAUCAACUAAGUGUAUCAGUUGGGAAAGAGCAACUAUUAACUACGAUUGCUAGCAGCGCACCUCUUACCGUUACAAAAGAAUCAACUACAUUCACAUUGGCUCCUUCCAUUUCUAGUCAAACGACAACUACGACUAAGGAGAGUGUUGUUCCUACGGCUUCCUCGACUGUUACAACUAAUAGCAUCAGCAUUACUUUCCCAACAUUUGGAACAGUGCAAAAUGCAAGUAUAUUACCCGCAACGACCAAGGAAAAUACGGUCACCACUACCGCUAGUUCAUCGAUUCCGCUUUUCGGUGUAUCACCAAUAAUGUCACAACAGAAAAAUGUCACAACUAGUGCGACGAUACCAACAUUUGGUGUGACGCCAUCGUUUGCAGUGACAAAUUCAACAGCAAGCUCUACACUUACAAAUACUUUUCCUCCGAUUUUUGGUGUGACAACAACCACUAUAACUACGGCUAGUACUGUACCUGCAACUACUGUACCUGCAACUACUGUACCUGCAACUACUGUACCAUCAUUUGGUAUCACAACAACAAAAGAUACUCUUAUCAAUAGUAGUCGUCUAUUUCAAUUCGGUACAUCAUCGUCGCUAUCGUCAUCAGAUAGUUCUAUGAUCACUAGCCCAUCAAGUUCGUUUCCAGUGACUUCGGCAUUCCAACCUUUUGCUUCGACGUCAUCUUCUCACCUCACUACACCCGCGACGACAUCGAGUUCGACCGUAUCCAUCCCUUUUGGAUCGUUUGGUAGCUCAACAUUACCAACGACAACAACAGCGGCAACAUUUACUCCCUUCACACCAAUAGUUACUCCGCUUACUACCACAGCUUUCUCUUCAGGAGCAACAGCAGCAACAACAACAAGUACUUCAACCACUUCGAAUAUAUUUGGUACUUCCCUCGUCUCAUCAUCAUCUACAGCGACAAAUCUAGCACCAUUUCCAGGACUUUCUGCAAUCAAUGCGUUGCCGUCCGCACUAACAGGCACCACGUCAUCGACGCCUGCAUUUGGCAUAGGUAACUUUAGUUUCACAUCGUCAUCGUCAUCGUCCGCUAAUCCUCCGUUCGGAUCUCUUGGAAGCACUGCUGUGAGACCAUUUGCACCGUUGUCGAUUUCAUCGACGAGUACAAAUAAUCCACCUACAUUUGGUUCGAUUGCACCAUUUGGAGCAUCUGCCAUGUCCGCUGAACGACCUGCAAAUCCAAUACCGCAAUUCAGUUUUGGCACGCCGUCAACAAAUUCUUCAAGUUCAUCAUCUGUUGGUGGUUUUGCAUUUGGUGCUCAAUCAUCAGCACCUCCACUGUUUGGUGCUACCAGUCAACCUAUUUUUCCGCCAACUGCAAUCAAUUUUGGCGUUCCUCCUUCAACUUCAACUACCUCCAAUCUAUUCGAUAUGCCGCCGUCAUUAUCAGGCUCGAUAGAUAGCGCUCCUACUCUAUUCACUAUUGGAAGUGGCAGCUCAACGUCAAAUUCACCUCGUCGAGUGCUUCGAGCCCGACGUACAGACCGAUCUUGA